AUGAGGUCUCUCGUCGCCAUUGCUGUCGCUUUCGUUGGUGUCGCCUGCGCCCUCGACCCCAUCUGCGAUGCCGAGUGCCAGAAGGGAUGUGACGAAGCCUGCCAAACCGCCAUCCAGACCACGUACGAAGCUGAAGCCGCCCUCUGGGUGAACGACAUCGUGUCCGACGCUUUCUACUCUACUCCUUCAAACUUCACCGGUGCCAAGCCUGGCGACAUCCUGCGAUGGGAGAACGUGCCCGCUGCGCAGCUCUCUUCAAAUUGGACCAUUCCCGCCAGUUUGUCACUCUCCCGGGUUCUUUAUGUCACCGAAGACAUUGACCGCAAACCAAUCCCUGCAUCUGCAUGGGUUCUCCUGCCGUUCUCCAACCCCUUUGCCAAGCCUGGUGCUACGGCCGAAGAGAACAAGCUGCGCACCGUUGUCUGGACCCACGGGACCGCCGGCCGCAGCCGUUUGUGUGCACCCACAAACAACAAGGGCCUUUACUAUGACUGGAAAGCUCCAUUCAUUCUAGCCGAGUCUGGCUACGCAGUCAUCGCUCCCGACUAUGCCGGCCAGGGUUCCGAUAUCCCGCAGGGCUUCAUGUACGAGUCCGGUUGGCUCCACGUUGCCGAUGUCGCAUAUUCUCUCGUUGCCGCCAGAAAGGCCAUCGGCGACCUUCUGGGACAGAAGUGGGUGGUCUACGGGCACAGCGAAGGCGGCAUGACGGCUUGGCGAACCAACGAGCGUCUGGCUCAGCCCGACCAAGAAGCUCUUUUGGAAGCCGGCGAGUUCAUCGGAUCCGUGGCUGCUGCCCCUGCUCUGCGGCCGCAGAAGUUGAUUCCCGCCUCUCUCUCGCUUGCUCAAGGAAAGGCCGCCCACGAUCCCUUCUCGGUUUACCUCCUCCAAUCUUUAUCUUUACUCUUCCCUGAACAGAUCAAGGUUGCGGACUACCUUGGAGAUAUCCCCUUGCAGCGCCUGGGUGCCCUCGACAAGUCAUGCUUCACGUCUGGCUAUGCCAUCGUCGGUGACUUCACUCCGGAACAACUCUACAAGAAUACGAGCUGGUUGACGCAUCCGGCUGUCAACGACUGGGCUGUCCGUUACAACGGUCAGGGCCCGCACUCCAUUGCGGCGCCGAUGUUGGUGAUUUCGGGCGAGAUCGACACCAUCACGCCCAACAACUUAACGCUCGACGACUUCAACCAGACUUGCACCUCAUUUCCCGAGAGCGCUGUUCACGCUAGAGUCUACCCGAAAAUGGGCCACGGGCAGGUUCUGGAAGCAGCGAGAGCUGACAUUGCUGCAUGGAUCGCAGCGAGAUUUGAGGGAGUUCCGGUGCAAAAGAACUGUGUGAAGGAGGUGGUCAAGCCGCUCACUGACAGAUACGCUAUCGGUGAGCUUUUCUGGCAUGCAAAUGCCCAGCCGUUUUGA